AUGUCGUUUUCACACUCAGUUUCUUCAGUUGUUACAGGUAAAAUGGUGAAGGCCACCAGCAUAAAAGAUGUUGAUCAGCACGAGGCUGUUAAACAAAUCGCUCACUUCCUCAAAAAGAGCGGAAAGGUAAAGGUGCCUGAGUGGUCAGAUAUUGUGAAGCUCGGCGCAAACCGUCAGCUAGCGCCUGUUGAUCCCGACUGGUAUUACAUCCGCACUGCCAGCAUUGCUAGACGCCUCUACAUCCGAUCUCCCGUAGGUGUCGGAGCGCUCCGCACUGUUUUCGGUGGAAAGAAAGACCGAGGAUCACGACCAAACCACUUCUGCAAAGGCUCCGGAUCCGUAAUUCGCAAAGCUCUUCAAACCCUCGAGGCUAUCAAAUGGGUAGAAAAGCAUGCUGAUGGAAAGGGCCGUGUUCUCUCUAAGCAGGUAAGCAUGAUUUUGACUUCUUUUAAUUAUAUUGAUUGUUUUUUGUAUCUUCUCAUUUGUUGCUGCGGUUGGUUAGUUGAUUUUAAUGACCUAGAAACAGCUAAUAAGGGAAGGAUACUUGGUGGUCGUAGCCUUUUGCAGUUAAAUGUGUACCAUUAGAU